UCGAUAUUGUUAACACGGGUUUUGGUGUUUGUCGUGUGCGUGUGUGUAUGUGUGUGUGUGUGGAAAUUAAACGAAAUGUAUCAUUUGAUUUGGAUGUAUAUAAUCUAUUCUUCAACUGUGACGAUAUUCUUUAAUUAAGAUCUAGAAGAGAGUAUUUAGAAACAGAUGGGAAACGAACAGAGUCAGCAAGAGAGUGCCGAGGGAACGUCAAGUCGUAUAGGUAACGGUGCAGGUGGACCACAGUCAAACGCUAUGGUUUCACACAGGACAGGUACGGAGGAAGAAGACGUAGGUGUGGCAUCCCCACCUGAUGUUGAUUUGAGUAAUCUAUCGGAAGAAGAAAGAAAAAUGAUAUUGUCUGUUAUGGCACGCGCUCAAGAUUUGGAUAAAGACAUCACACAACGUAGAAGAUCAGCAGAACUGGUCAGAGCCGAAUCUCUUCCCAAUUCAGUAACUACUCAGAUAAUGUGUCCCUCUUGCCACGCGACAGAACUCACUAUUAGGACAUCAAUCAAAUGUUCAAAAUGCUGGAAGAGCUUUUGUGAAAAGUGUGGACAAUGCCCAAUUGUAGAAGGAAAGAAAUAUUCGUGGAUGUGCAAUUCGUGCAUACAACAAAUCCAGUGUAGUAAUAAAUCGAAAGUCAAAAGUCAAUCAACUCGAGAAGCUCAGGAGAAUGUCAGAAGAGCAGAUGCAUCCGGUGAAAUUAUGCCCGAAAAGCAUAAAAAAUCAGAAAAAUCAGAAGAAAUUGUUGGUAAAUGUCAUAUUCGAUCGCCAGCUAAAACGAGAAGAGAAAGCGUCGAGGUAGUCGUCACGGACGACACUCAACCGGAGACUAAACCAAGAGGAGUACAAAAGAGUAAAGAUGGAAUAGUUCGAGUAACCAGACCGGUUACUACAGCAAAUGGUGAUGCUGCCCCACCUCAUCGCACUCAGCGUAUCAGUAGACCGAUCCAAGUAGUGGCUAAAUCGGAAGCUGUGGUGCCUAGAAAAUUAAUAAACGUGGAAACAAAAGUUAAAAAACAACACGCCGAAGCGAAAUCUUCACCGGAAGUUUCCCCGAAAAGAAUCGCAAAAGUAAAAUCUCCCACAGAAAAUGUCUCGAAUAAAAAGGUUCACGUAAAAGCACCCUCUGUGGUAAAAGUGACUUCGAGUCACGAACCCGGAGUUGCUAAAAGUAAAGAGCCAAUUAAAGACGAAAGUAAAGAAAUUUCCGUAAUUGCUACUACUACUACUACUACUACAGUCGAUACAGUAAUUAGUUCGGUAAUUACUACUGUCUCUCAAACGUCUCCCAUCAUGGAUCGGCCCAUAAUAUCAGUGGAUGUCACCGUAGUGAGUAGAUCUUCGACGACUACCAACGUUAUUCUUACCACGUCUUCUAAGUCUGGUAUGACUAAUACAAUAGCUAAUAUCAGCACCGUAACUGUCACAUCAAAAUCGAAUGCUGCUAACAAUAUUCGAAGUUCAACUGUUUCAAUUUUGCCCCCGCAGCCAUUAGAAAGUAGUUGCAAGACUCAGUUACAAGAGAAAUCGACAAGCGUUCACGCUACUACAUUGCCAAGAAUUAAGAAAGCAGAAGGGAAUAAGGAAAAAGCAAUUUUGUCUCAGAACAAAACAUCGGAAGAAUGGAUAUCGAACAAAGAGGAAAAUCAAUCGUUUCCAAGUAAGGAAGCAGAAGAAUGUACGGAUGAAACAAACCAAAAUAAUUUACCUGAGAGUAGAAAACCCGAAGAACAAAUAGUGGGAACGGAACAAGGUCCUUUGAGAAUGAUGAAAACGGAAAAGUGGAAAACUGAGCAAGAAAAACCUAUAUACAGAAGUUCCGCUGAUGAAUGGAUUUCGAGUGCAGAGCAGGAUACUUUAUCUAGACGUAUAAUCUGCGAUGAGCGAAGAAGCAGUCUGGAUUCUAGCAUUAUAACUCGAGGCAAAAAGCGGGAAGAGCAGAUAACGGGCUUGGAAAAAACUACUAUCACAAAAACCGAAGAUUGGUCAAUAAAUUCUGAAAAUUUGUCCGGAAAUCACGUGUCCGAAGAACUAACCAAGGGCGUUGAACUAAGCGCGUUAUCUCGAUUGAAUAAAUCGAAAGAAUGGACGAGUGCCGACAUAAGUACGCUAUCAAAAGUAAAGGAUUCGGAACAGUUGGCAGAAAGUCCAAUUAAACUGAUCGAUAGUUCUUCGAGUGUCAUUAAAGCCGCAGAAAAUAGAAUGGAUUCCCACCGAAUAGAAUUGACGUCGUCUAGAGAUAGUACAAAUAACAACGGUCUUUCGUCUUCGGAUCAAUUAGGAACAAAUUAUCAAAUCAAACCUCUACAAGACAAUGCUAAUCAAGGACAGAACAAACAGAAACCGAGAACAAUCGAUUUACAACCACAGAAAAAAGUAAAACAGAAAGUAGAGACUGCCGACUGGUCGCCCGUGUCGGACUUAUCACCAAUUCUCGACGUGUCGCCCUCUCUAGAGGCGGCCGAACAAGAACUUAUAGAAAAGUUCCGACACAGAAGCGACUCAGAAGGUAACGCUAAUCAAACUUCGACGUCAUCCAAUAUACCACGUGCGACGAGUGGCACCAUUUCGGGAAUGCUGGCCGAUUUCAAUAAAGCGCUCGGUCUUCUCGACACGUCUCCCAUCGAAGACGUACAGAAGAAAGAAAAGUCACUUUCGGAAAGUCCCCCGGCCGUAAGUACCCCCGUGGCUCCCGUUACUACCGAGUCUGCCGUAUAUCACCCGGUACGUCAACAGAGAAAUCAGCAGCAACCGGGAACACCGAGACGCACCAGACGUCUUCCCCAGCCCACUAUGGAACAGAUGCAGGCAGCCGUUGCCAUGGCUGCGCACGGACCUCGAGAUAAACAAUCGAUAGCGAUGACGUCGGUGAGUACUGGCUCUACGUCACUUCCUGUCACUACCAGUCAGAGACCCGUUUCUCCCAUCAUGCCAUGGAGAACAAUAGAUAGCUACUUAAUGUCGGAUGCUGACGAAUAUGACGGGCGUACGGUUACUUUGCACGACAUUAGCAGUACGGUAACUACUUCGACUGCCGAAAGCGUACCAAUUACGACCGUCGCACCCUCUCAGUCGGCUGACAUCACCAUAACCGAAUCUUCGGAACUGUCACCGGAUAAAAGUGCAGUUUCCGAUCAAUCAGAAGUCUCUAACUCACUCACAACUUUAUCAUAUUCUUUGGCGCAGGAUACGGAAGAACAGUUAGAACUGGAUAGCAUAAAAUUGAGCAAACUGCGUAGAAAACUCCCAUCAGUGCCAAGUGCCGAUUACGGCAAGAUUCCAAGUGGCACUAAGCGAUCGAAAGACCGCACUAGGACACUUUCCACUGGUGCAACCCCUCUCUACACUCAAGAGUUGUUAUCUAAUGGAGAAACUCCAUUGGAGGAAGUUCCGCAAAGUGACGAUACUCUAUCGAAAUCCAAACUGAAUCCUCAACAGAGAUCAUCUAGCGCCGACGGUGAUUAUGUUCGCAACAUAUCACCCACUAGACAAGCUUAUUCGCCAGAACCGGCGCAUAGUUUUGCUUCUAGGAAAGAGCUCAGCGUGUCUCAAGGAAACUUAUCUUAUCUACGAACUCCCAGCCCUUUGUUGGGCUCGGAAUCUCGUCAGAUAACCGGAGCGGGUACGAAUCUUCCGGUAUACAUGAAAACUUUAAAGCAACAAUUGCGCGAUGAACUCAAAGCCGUCACAGAAGAACGUAAACGAGCGCAAGAAGUAAGAAAAGAACGUGACUUUUAUCUAAACACGGAGCAAGAAAGUUACAUGCCUCAACCGUGGCAAGAAGACACUUCACUUCAAUACGACACCUUAGCUACACACAGAAAGUUAUUACAUACAACUCCUGCUCCUUCGACAAUAGCCAGAAGACAAACUUCUCCUCAUACGUCACCGAGAAAAGGAAGACGUCGUCACACUUCAGACGUAUCUUUAAGACCGUUUUCGCCUAUUAAAGAAGAUAGAUCGUCGGAAGGAGAUUCGAAACCCAUUAAGACGUCUCCAAUCGAACCAGAAGUUGCGAAAAUGGAAGAAUUAAACUCUUUAGAAAAAUCUAAAGAGACAACCGGGACGGAAAUCGAACAGUACUUUCAACAAUACUCUGAAGAACUGGCUAAGAUAAGAACGGAAAACGGUGCAAACAUCUCGACCACUCCUCCAUUCGUAUCCGAUUCCUGGUUAAAGAAUUCAAAUUCUUGUUAUUUGACUACGGAACGAAAAAAACAACGUAAAGAAAAAAAGUCGAGGAAACCUCGUUCCUGGCAUCCUUCUCCUUACGUAUCUGAAGACGAAGACGAACAAAUGACACGAGAAGAAAAGAAAGCAAAGAUAAAAGCGGAGAUCGCUAGACGCAGGCAACAAAUUGAAGAAAAUACAAGAUUACACGAAGAACUGAUGAAAUUAGCUAAAUCGAGAGAAAAAGCCGAACAGAUAGAAUACAACAGUAGCUACAAAAUGUCACCGACUUUAGAUACCAUGUACAGGACAAGUCAUACGACGACGACGACCAGCAGCAGAACAGCAGAUUCCAUGCUCCCAGGAGAUACUACCAGCGUUCUGCAAGCUAUCGAUGAGAUAUUAAGAAAGGAAACUCAAGGGGUAUCAUCCGUCAGAUCUUCUCAAUACUUCAGUUCUCCAACCUCCUCCGUGUAUUCCACAAUGCCCAGAUCUCGGUACACUCCUCAUGAAAGUUCGUGGUACCAAAGAGAAUCAUCGACUGGAACUGUUCAGUUUCCAGAUAAUACAGCCGAAGACGAAAGUAUAGCUCGAAUAGCAUCAACAUUUCCUACAGACAGUGUUCAGAGUUCGAAUAUCCUGAUAAAUAAGCCAACACCACUUAUCGAAUUAGAAACACCAACAGAUACCGAUCCAACUCCAGCCAUGCCUUUAUUACCAGAUAUGCCCAGUAGAUCCAGGAAACUAUUAGAAGAUUUAGGAAGCUCGCCCAUCGGUAGUCAGGCGGGUAGAAGCGAAACAGUUCAGACACAGUAUGUCAGACAGUGCGGAGACACAGAUAAACAAUCUCACAUUGAUACAGAAUCAAUGACAGACAAUGCAUUAUUAAGACAAAUGAGGAAAAUGCAAAGACAAACUGUGAUCAGAACUCCUCAAAAAUACGAAUUUCCAGUUAAAAGAAUUUUAUUAACUCGAGAUCCGAAAGAUCGAUCCGUUAGCGGAAAUGGCCUCGGAAUGAAAGUGAUCGGAGGGAAAGAAAUACCCGGUGGAAAUGGGCUUAUGGGAGCUUACGUAGCUAAAGUGUGUCCCGGUGGUGUGGUAGAAACACUAGGAGAAGUCAAGGAAGGUAAUCAGGUAUUAGAAUGGAACGGUGUUCCCUUAACCGGAAAAACUUACGAAGAAGUUCAAAAAAUUAUUUCGGUGACGGCCGACGAAGUCGAAAUCGUUAUCAGAAGUGACUUCAAUAUGUUAGAGCCGAUGAGUUCGAAUCAGAGCAUCAGUCCUCGAGACGGAAUUAGUCCAUGCUCCACUCCAUCCGAUUCGUUGAAAGCUGGAACUCCCGGGGGUCGAACUCCUUCACCUUCGUCUCUCUCCGCUAGGAAAAUAGGUUCGCCCGCCAGCACUCCAUCUUCGAUCUCCACCCCUACAUACAACAACGUAACUUCUUCGCAUUUAGCAGCUGUAGAUAAAGCGCAGACGAACAACAGGGAACACUAUCGAAGAACUACAGUGCAAACUUUACCUCGCUACGUAGGCAACCAUUUCGCAGCUCAUCCCAGCAUGGAACAUCGUGACAGCUGAUGCGUAAAAUAUCCGCAUGAAAAUAACCUACUUCUAUAUGCCGCUUGAUCAGAAGAUAUUGGAUGUGGUGAGAGGCGGUUGAAGAUGGCUGUGAUUUGCUGAUUUGUUAUAUCAUAUAGCGGCUCUACGUUAUGUUAAAGAUCAAUAGUUUACAACUAGUUGGUGAAUUGUUGCAGUUUAUCCAAUCAUUCCCGUUGUUUUAGAAAGAAACGAUCAAGGUGCUACGAUUGUCAAACAUAUCUCCUGUUACCUGACCAUUCCGAGGGUGAUUUGUUGAUACCUCGCGGGUCAAAAGAUUACGUUCUGUUUACGGUGUGUCGUCCAAGACUUAUUAAUAAUUCAAAUGUUUUGCACUACGUGACAUUCUCACUUUGAUGUUGUCUCUUCCUCACAUUAUAGCGGUUAAGUGAAGUACUUUGUUUAGUAAUUAUUCCCGAAUUCCGGGGGAUUUUACUUUUUUGCGUUACAUGUUCAUAUUGCUGAAUGCCAUUGUUGGCUAAGUUUUGACGGACCCACGAAAUUACAUAUAACCUGUUGUUUCUCUAAAAACGAUUCAUUCUGUCGGUUUUGACACAAAUAAAUUUAUUAAUUCAAA